GUUCUCUUGAGCUCGAAACAAAAAAAUUAGAAAGCGUCGACAUUUUGGAAUCAUGAUGGUACGCUUGAUGCUGUUACUUUUGCUGAUCGCCCCAUUGACUCUUACCUCUUACGCGGACAGUGGGCAAAAGGUGAUUAAGUUAAAAAUAUAUAUUGCGUUUAGUUUUCGCCGAGACACUUUUAAGUGACCUUUCGGCCCUUUCUGUCUUAAAGAACGCCAUGGCGUUUACGUUCCCGCUAAAUAUUUUAUCCUGCGGCCUGUUCGGGUUGUGCUAUCGACGCUUAAUGAACGCGUUUUAGUCAGCCGAGCAAAUCUAAUUAUUAUGCCUCUAAAGGGUGAUUUGAAAAGUAAGAUAUCCAUUUACACUAUAGCGAAAGUAAUGACUCUGAAGUAUUGGUGGUAAUAUAAACUAGACGUAGUUAAUCGAUAAACCGAUAAUCAAAAAUAAUUGAUGGUAAUCGAUAUCAAUCAUCGAUAAAUAUUGAUUUCCAAUAUCGAUCGAUAGAAAUCGAUAAAGAAAAAGUUGUAACUUCGAUUAAUAUUUUUGAUUUUCCGAUGAAAAUCGAUAAUUAUUUUUAACGAUUGUUAUCGAUUUGGUUAAUCGAUAAUAAUCAAUAAAUUAUUUUUCUUUGUGACUGCGAUUUCUCUCGAUUUCCGAUAUCAAUCGAUAUUAAUCGGCUGAGGAAAUCGAUUAAUAUGGAUGAUAUGGAUUGAUUUCCGAUAUCGAUUUUUAUCGAUUAACUACAUCUGGUAUAAAUACUACUGACGAAGAUACUCAUUUUAAUCAAUUUAUUACACAUGUGUUUUUCGCAGACCUUUACAUUCAAGGUAUCCAAAGAUAUGUACGAGAGUAUCAAAGUUGAUGCCAACAAGGAAUCCGAGACCUUUUCUCUGAAUCUUGCGUCGACGGGCAAAAAGGAAGGAGAUAGUGUCUACGACUUUAAAAAGGUCAGUAACUAACAUAAAAGAUCGAACAAGUCAAACUCAUCUAAAUUUGGAGUCUGUUAUUUGUUUUGACAAAGAACUGAACUCAUUUUUUUUAUGGGAUUCAAAUAUUUAGUUUCUCCGACUUUUUGGCUUAAAAACUUGAAAUUAAAAAAAGAAAAGAAAAUUUAAAAAUAAGAAAAUAAAAGGUUAAAAAUCCGAAAUUAUCAGUGCACAGUUUUGCGAAAACGUCUCUGAAAUGGCUACAAAACAGUAUUUUUUGUUUGUUUGUUUGUUUCUGACGUGAACAUUAAGCCCGCAAUACGGUCAUGUGUUACUGAUCAGCGGAUACCCUGGUUUUGACAGCUGUCAAUUGAUCACCACAUUUGCUUAUCAAAACUUUUCAAACCGCCAGCAGUGUACGACCAAAACUAUUGGAGGGUGCGGAAGGAAGGACGGAUGAUAUGGAUGUAUUUUGCCAAGGCUGAAUACAGAUGGAUAGAUAACCAAAUUUACUUAGCUGUGGUGCUCCGCUCGUGCGCGCUAUAGUGGAGUUCCACUAUAAAGAAAUCUCUUGAUUAGCCUAUCAUCCUGUAAUAUCAGUUCGCUGCCAGGGUAUUGAGCAUGAAGAGCGAAAGAAAAAUUUGAAACUUUUAAACUAUUUCUUUAAUUUGUUUUGUUGGUUUUGUUCAAUCGGAUAACGGUUACUUUCGAUAUAAUUACUUAUUUGUCUAUUGAUCCUUGCUUCGUAUUGGCUUGACUUUACUGCAGAACUUAACAAUGAUUCGAUUGCCAAAGGCAAAGGGCUGCUUUUUGAGAUACUCCAUCGGGAACGUUCCUCGACCUGCUGACUUGCUGAAACAAUUACAGUUGGUAAGUGUCUGAGGACCUAUGACAAGCGUCGUUAAAAUUAGUGUUUGGCGGAACUAAUCUCUUAAUGCAGGAUUUUUUAACUAACCUGUGGGUUGCGCCCGCAAUGCAUGAUUAUACCAAGAGCAACAUCAUAAAUAUGUGUUUAUUCCCUUCAUGAUUCGGUUUUUGUGAUAUCCGGAAUAAUCUCGGUACAUGCAAGCGUUAUCAACUUCGGCCUUAGUCUCGGAUGAUAACAUUUUUCUUAACCUUGAGUAUUCUGGAUAUCACCACGUCCAAAAAUUGUUUAUAAUCACUUUUAUUAACAACAUUGGAGAGAUUCGCUAAAGUUAUCUAUUUAUUCCUUUGUUAAAACUUGCUGAUCCGUGCAACCUUUUGACAACUGUUCCACUCGAAAUCGUUUAUUUUUCACGCUGGUUUCCAUCAUCUACAGGUGCCCAAAAGUACCGAUUCUAAAAUGACCACUACGUCUGAGGAAAAUUUCAAGGUUGUUGGCAAACUGAGUGACCGUUCGGACUUGAGCGACGAGAUGAAGGAUCUAUGCGCAAAGUUGCCAAUUUACCGAAUCCGGAAGUUGGAAAAGAAACAGAAUGACGACGCAGAUCAAAUAGAAGACCAUGUGGAACAGUCCGAUGAAGUAGAUGAUGCACCAGAAAGGGUGGCUAGAGGUAAUAAAAUGAUUAAAUGGAAAUCACGUUCUUGAAGAAGCUAUAACAAUAACAGAUCGCUGUCAACAGCAUGAAACGUUUGGAUGGCCUUACAAUACUAUAAGAACGAACCAUGUGGCAUAACCUUAUUCUGAAAACUAUUUUAAUUUAAAACAGAUUCAACAAAAUCAGAAACAUGAAUAACUUUUCCAUAGUUUUAAGCCAACUCUUGUGUUUUCAAUCUUAAACCAUGGCCCGUCCACACCUAUUGAUCCGAGCAGGGGCCGAAACGCAUACUAACAUUUGCGUUUAUUCAGUUUGGUUGUUCCCGGUUUGGAUUCACCCAUCGACAACAAUACGAUACUUCAAUCAACAUUUGCUAACUAGUUUCCACUCUUCUUCAAUCAAUGGCCAGGCCUGUCUAAUAUGUUCAACAUUAAAUUACCCGGAAAGGCUUAUCGGACAGCUAUGGAUGGAUAAUUCGUUUACCCAACCAUUGAUUAGCUUCACAGUUCUGCCUGUCUGUUGUCUCACUAGGCACUUGUAAGCUUAGGACGAAUUAACCUAAAACCGUCUUGCACGAGACCGAUGAGUCGAACAACAGGUUGUUGUUGUCCAUCACCCGAGUUCAAAUUUGCAAAUUCUCUUUUUAGCCUAAACUCCAGUUUUUGACGUAGUUGAAUUUAAAAAUAUCCAGUUUCAAUCGUCUAGUACGAAUCGGAUUUUAAAAAGAGAACGAUUCAGCGACUUUAUCUAAAAGAUGCGGUUUCGGCGAGGGGGAUUCACUGGUUUCACAGGGCCUAUUCGUGUGAAAAAAAUACUUUUUAAAAAAAUAUCCGGAAUGAUGUUGAUGGGCCUUAAACAACUUCUUAAAAGUGUUUAAAAUUUUGUGGAACACAAAGCGUCGUAUCAACUCUGUGUAUCAGGGCAUGACCCUGGUAGUGGUUGUCCUUUAUCUAUUAGCCACUCACUGUACAAGAAUUAUCCACGCAUCUCACAAUAUUUUAAAAAAUGGGCACGUCUGUCUUUAUAAUGACUGACUACCCUAAUUCGAAGCUGCUUAUCAGUUUCGAAUUUGAAUAACCUGAAAUAGUUAUAACCUUUUGUGCCUAUAGGUCUCGUCCGGAAAUGGGUGUGCAGACGAGUUUGUAAACACAUACGCACAUGCGUCAAAGUCCCAAGAGUUAGUUGCAGUUGGAGAGGCUGUAAAACUUCCUGGCGCUGGAACUGCUGGAUCGUAAAGACCAUAUGCCCCUAUGCCUGCUACUGGGCUUUGAUCAAGCUUGGCUAAAGUAUGUUUUUACACGAUCAUCUAAACAAGUGGCCGCGUAAAGUAAAGCGUUAAUACAUAAAGUUUUCAUGAGAUAUAUUUAUACCCUGUGGACGGUUUGUAUAAGUUAUUUGCAUACUAGGCAAAUUGUCAAGAAGAUCUUCUGACGGUGCCCGAACUCAGUUUUCAGGAUGACCUUGGUGUAGACUGAGGACUCGCAGGUUUUAAAUAAUAUCACUAUAAUGUAA